UUUUUACGAACCUCUUUCCAGAAUAUGUGAAUGGAUGCCUCUUCAUUCCAUUCAAAGCUAUGCCCAAAGCUAUGCCCAGUUGAUAGAACCGGUUCCUCUGAAGGGUGAUGUAUUUUUUUUGUCUAUGGACUCAGUAACUAGACCCGGCAAUACAAUAUAGUGCAGAAAAAAAGAUGCAGGGAAUGUUUGGAAACAGCCGUCACUGUUUCACGCUUCUAGCAGCAGCUGAUAUGCACAUACGGUUUGUCAAACCUUUUUUCUUGGUUGCAUACACAUAUUUGGCUGAUGUUAUCGCAUGUGCAGCGAAGUGCUCCGACAGUGUAGUAAUAAUACCUAAUAGUACAAAACAACAUGUUAGUGACAACGUCUGUACUUAGUAGGUGCAAUUGAAUAAAACAGAAGCAUUACCAUUUCCCGGUCCUUUAUAUUAUGAAUUGUGCAAAUACUCUGUUAGUGUAAACAUUUUAGUAUAAGGAAACGGUCUUAGUACUACUGUCGUGACAUUGUCGUAUUGUGUGUGUAUAGACAAUCAGAGUCCUUAACAUUAUUUGUGUUUCAGAGGAGUGGUCUGACAACACAAUGAAAUGUGUUACAGUAGCCAAAUAUUUACUCUGAAGUUUUACGCAAACACAUUUUAUUGGUUCAAGAUGACAGAUCAAUAUCAAAGUUUAAGAUGAAUGGUGGCAAGUUAGUAUUCUUAUUAGCAACUGUUUUCAAGCAUUUUAAUAGUAAACUUCAAGGACGCCUUUGAAAAAUGUGAUUUUGAGGGAUUGCUCUGUAAUUCAAAUUUCUGCUCUGUAAUUUUAAUCACAAUUCUCAACCAACACCAUCUUUCUCACAAACAAACCUUAUGUUUAUGUGGAUAUACUGAACUUAAAUCAUUUAAAAUGUGUUUUCAUGCCAAGAAAGACAGCGUUGUAGGAAACUCAGCUCUGACCUACACUCACCAGCCAGUAUAUUAGGUACACCACCCCAUUCACGAAUAUGGAUCGCUCCUACAGACAGUGAGUCUGGGUUGCUAUAUAAAGCAGGCAGACAGGCAUUGAGGCAUUCAGUUACUGUUAAAUUGAAUGUUAGAAUGGGCAAAACAAGUGACCUAAGCAACUUGGACUGUGGUAUGAUCCAGUAUCUCAGAAACAGCCACCCUCCUGGGCUUUUCAAGCAUGACAGUGUCUACAGUUUACUGAGAAUGAAGCGACACAAACAAAUCUAAGACUGGGCUAGAAAUGCUCUUCCUCUCUUUUAAAAAGUCCUUCACCUGAAUACCUUCUUAAGGAUUGCGCUCCUGCAUAAUUGGAUCAGUGGUAAAAUGCAAAGUAUGUCUGCCUCCUAUGUCAAUACUGAAUGUUUUGUAACGAGAGAAGGUAGGUUGAAGGUGACCCAGUUGGGUUUGAGCUGGAGUAGGAGGGAAUGCGUGAGAGGGAUUUGAGAGUGGGGCAAAGGUCAAGAGGGGAAGGCUUGUGGAAGAGGAAUUGAUAAAAAUGGAUUGGGUGAGGGCGGCUGAAUUUGAGUUUUAUGGUGGCGUCGUCUUAGGUUGGGGUAGUUAGAGAGAAAGAGAUGGAGGGAAAGGCUGAGACAAAGUAAAAAUCUUACACUGACCCUUGAUGUGUUUUUCAGAUCAAACUGGAUUUUCUUGAAUAUCCCUGAAUUUCCCUGAACAUGAAUUUGGAGAGAAUUUGUGCAGACAGUAUCAUGUCGGUGAACGCCCCCAGCAGCAAUGACGCCUGCCUGAGCAUCGUGCACAGCCUCAUGUGCCACCGGCAGGGCGGCGAGAAUGAGGGCUUCGCCAAGCGCGCCAUCGAGAGCCUGGUGAAGAAGCUGAAGGAGAAGAAGGACGAGCUGGACUCGCUCAUCACCGCCAUCACCACCAACGGAGUGCACCCCAGCAAGUGUGUUACCAUCCAGAGGACCCUAGACGGACGCCUGCAAGUUGCAGGGAGGAAAGGCUUCCCCCAUGUGAUUUACGCUCGACUAUGGCGCUGGCCAGACCUGCACAAGAAUGAGCUAAAGCACGUGAAGUUCUGCCAGUACGCUUUCGACCUCAAAUAUGACAAUGUGUGUGUCAACCCCUACCACUACGAGAGAGUGGUUUCUCCCGGCAUUGUUGGUCUCAGUCUUCAAAAUACAGCCCUCUCCCUCUCUCCUCUAGGCCCCCCUGGGAGGCUGAUCAAAGAGGAGUACAUUCAUGACUGUAUCCAGAUGGAUAUGCCGCUAGGCAUGUCCCCGUCGGACCACCCCCACCCAGGGGCGCUCAAGCUACCGCCUCCCGACCACUACGGCCAGCCCCUCCCGCCUCUGCAGCUCCCGCCGGAACCGCAGUGCGCCCCUCCGCCCAUCACCCUCUAUCCCAACAUGCCCCUCUCGCCCACAGUGUCCGGCUCUAUGCUGCCUCUCCAGGGAGGUCACAGUGAAGGGCUCCUACAGAUCGCCUCUCCUCAGGGUCAGGUCAUGACCCCUAUAACCCCCACGCCGCCCCCCUCCACCCCAACACACGGGCUGCCACACGGGCCACCACAGACCCCUCAGCCACCCCAGCUCCCGUCUGGUCAGAAUGGAUACAACAGCUCCAAACACACACAGACACAGGCUGCGUUCCACACAACUUGGACAGGCAGCAGCACAGCCUCCUACACUCCUGUAGGACCCCAACAACAGAAUGGGCGUGGCCACCAACAGCCUCCUCUCCACCAUCCAACCCACUUCUGGUCUCAGCAUCAUGGCUCGGCUUCAUUUCCUCCCCCUGUGUCCAAUCAUCCAGGACCAGAGUUCUGGUGCUCCAUCUCCUACUUUGAGAUGGAUGUCCAGGUGGGGGAGAUGUUCAAGGUGCCGGCCAGCUGCCCGGUGGUAACGGUGGACGGCUACGUGGACCCCUCAGGGGGCGACCGCUUCUGUCUGGGCCAGCUCAGCAACGUCCACCGCACCGACUCCAGCGAGAGAGCCAGGUUGCACAUAGGUAAAGGAGUGCAGCUGGAGUGUCGUGGCGAGGGAGAUGUGUGGAUGCGCUGUAUGAGCGACCACGCCGUGUUCGUGCAGAGCUACUACCUGGACCGAGAGGCAGGCAGAGCACCAGGCGACGCAGUACACAAGAUCUACCCCGGCGCCUACAUCAAGGUGUUUGACCUGAGACAGUGUCACAGGCAGAUGCAGCAGCAGGCAGCUACAGCGCAGGCAGCAGCAGCAGCUCAGGCUGCCGCCGUGGCCGGCAACAUCCCCGGGCCAGGCAGUGUUGGAGGCAUUGCCCCUGCAGUCAGUCUUUCUGCAGCAGCAGGGAUAGGUGUGGAUGAUCUCCGGAGGCUGUGUAUCCUGCGGCUGAGCUUUGUGAAGGGCUGGGGGCCCGACUACCCCCGGCAGAGCAUCAAACAUACCCCCUGUUGGGUGGAGGUACACCUGCACCGGGCUCUGCAGCUGCUGGACGAGGUACUACACACCAUGCCCUUGGCCGACCCAGGACCCGCUAACUGAGUGGAAGGAAAGAUGAGCAGUUAAAAAUCCAUACUGGGUUAAAAACUUACAAUCACACACUGAUUUCCCCCCUCUUGAUGAUACAUAUAGACCGAUACAUGCAGAUAGAACCACAUACAGGCACAUGCAUGUUUUCUUUCUAUUUAACGCACACAAUCUAGAGCCACUCAAAGCCCCACACUAACCUCAAUCUCUCCGUCACACACACUCAAGCAGCCAACAAUCACUGCACACUUCUUAACCACUUGUACGGUCUCCCACAUGGUCAUGCAACCACUAACCAAACCACAUGUCUGUGGGCAUGCAGACAUAAAGCUACUGAUGUCCUUAACAUACUUUCAAUAUUUUGUGAACAUUUCAUUGUUUUUGCACAGCUCCCACAUGCUAAACACAAACACUACAAUGCAGCCCAGACCCCUGAAUUACCUUUCAUAUAGGUUCUUUAUUAUAGUAUAAUCAGGUAACUUUAGUGAAUAUGUCUACUGAGUAAUUUAUGUUUAUUCGUCUUCUGUUCUCUACAGAAAUAGAUUUGCACUGUAGAAAUCUAGGGAUGUGUUUCAGAGAUGUGUAACAUGAUACACUUUGGUACUCCUCAAAUGCACACACAAUCCACACUUGCUUAUUUCCUGCUUAUACACACACACACACACACACACACACACACACACACACACACACACACACACACACACACACACACACACACACACACACACACACACACACACACACACACACACAAACAUAGGUCAGAAAUCCAGAGAUGUCCCAAACCCAGGAGGACUAAGGAACUUUACCCAAGUAACUCAUGAAUAAUAUGACCUGGUCACACACACAUCUCACACAAAAAAAUCAGAUGUGGAUUCUAAGGUUAACCUAGAAGAUUUACAGAGUUUUUGGCAAAUCCAGACCAAAACCUGGGUCACAGAACCAAAAUGGCUUGUGACCUUGGAAGAACACCAGAGUGAUGGAACCAGCGUUCUAAUGAACCUAGCCAGCCAAUCUUUUGUCAUAUCUGUGCUUGUGUUGUGUUCUCCUGUGUGUGGAUCGCAAAUCACAUAGUUAGUCAUUGUUAACAUUGUUAGCUCGUUAGCCCUGUAAUAGCACGGGGCACCUUUCUCAAGCUAAUUUAUUUUCUUACCAAAAGAUGGAGAAAAAAAAGCCCAAAAAUGUCAGCUUUAAAAGUGGUGUUUGUAUUUGUGAUGAAGCAGUACAGUGUAUGUAACCAAACAGUUUGCCAUAUGGUGGAACUCACCAAAGCCAGAAUACCUCAUGAUAACAGUGUAAACCCACAGUUUGUCUUUCAGCCAAAACCUCAGACUCUCAGCAUUUUCUCCUCUUGUAAGUUCCCCCUUACAGCCUCAUAUCACAUUAUGCCUGUAUCACCAAAUCAAUAUAAGAUGGAAUAUGGAGUGGACCCUCAAUGGAGCCUUGGGGAACACCAAGACAUAAUCCAGGCUGUAAUACAGUAGUUGCUCAGAUUUAAAAGUUUAAAUCCAGUGACUCGUGGGAAUAAUCUUUUCAGUAGAGACCCAACACAACUUUUUCAAAUAUCAUAUUAAUAGGAUGUCCCACUUUUGGAUAGAAUGAUUCAUUCUCAGUCAAUUUAAGUUAGUCCAGAAUAAUAUCACAUACUGUGACUUAGAUCACUUUGGAAUAACAUAAAAUGUAUUUUCACUUUUUUGCAUUAAUUUAAAUCAGGUACUCUAGUGUUGGUAACAAUCAACCUCAAGCCUACUGAAGUGAAGUUAUGACUGAUGUUCUAACGUUGAUGCGUGAUACGAUAUGAAAGAGAAUCAUAUAAGACGUAACACAUUUUCUACAGUAGUAGAAAGUAGGCUUGGCUUCGUGAUUUUGGGUUGAAGUGCCUGGACUGAAUGCAAACCUUCACCCAAUCCAGGGGCAGGAACAUGAGUGCUUUUAUUUGCUCCUUCCUGUGCUCUAGUGCAUUUGAUACCUGUGCCUUUCCGUUCUCCUAGUCAAGCUGUUUAGGAAUGUACUUCAGACACCAGGGUUUAUGUCAUUCUUAAGUGGGGCCUCUCCAAAGCAUGACUAUUUACUCCUCCAGUUGUAGUGGGAUUUCUACUAAGCCUACAUGUUGGCAAAAAUGCUCAAGGUCAAAUGGUGUCCUCUGUGUUUUGGGAGAAUCUCAAUAGCUCUUUUAAAAACUGUCGUUGAAAGAGUCUAUUCAACAAUUCUAUUCAACAAUUUUAGUGGUAGUUUAUUCAGUAAUACAAGAGAUUUUGUUGAAAGAGAAGCCUCACUGCAGGGUUGAAAAAGUUGGCUCCGGUUAUGUUGAAGAUAGAAGUUAGACUUCAUGUAAUUGUUGUCAUUUAACACAACUGCUUUAAAGUGAACAGCCAUUUAUACUCACUGUUUGUGAUUAGUGCCUUUAGUUUUAGUCAAAGUAGAUGAUACACCUCACACUGGAUUGUAACACACAAACUACACUUUGUCUUCCUUUGUAGAUAUAUAGUACCAUGAUAUACUGGUUGUCAUCUCAAUAGUUUUAUCCCAUCUGUUGAGUGUGUUGGUUGGGGGGGAAUGGAAAAUAACACAGCUCAAGUGUUUGUACAUGCCACUGAGUUUUGCUGAUCAAUUCGGGCAGUGAAGCAAUAAGAAGUGAAAUGUGUUGAGCUCAACAGCCCCUGAGUUAGAUUGAGACCGACAUCUAGUGGUUCCCUCAGGUACUGUGUUACAGCCCCAUCGUAGGUGUUAUUACAUAACACUUUAUUAUUGCAUCAGGCUGGUUGUGGAUUAAUACUGUUUGACAGUUAUAACCCAAAUAUCCAUAUAGCCAUUGUUGUGUUGUUUAGCCAUACUGAACAAUUAUGUUCCUAAGGUGUCUAAUAUGAAUUGGAAAACUUGCUGCCCCUUGAAACUGCCCAUGCACUCCACACACCUUUGUCACAGUUAUUUCAUUAUUUGUCACUUGGGCUCGGCAUGUGUCUGGGAGUGUUAUGUAUUCAGGGAUGAAGAGAGGUUUAAAACUAUUGUUGUUCCAUCUAUGGGUCUGCUUAUCGUGGUGCUAUAUCUACCCCACUACAUCUCCCCUCAACCAGCGCUUUAACCAUUGAGACUAGGGUUGCAAAGCUACCGGUAGUUUUCCAAAGUUACCAGAAUCUUCAGUAAUUUUGGUAAUUAACAGAAAGUCUGUGGCAAUUUAUCUUAACUUUGGUAAUUUAUACUUGAAUGACUUAAAAAAAAAUGUAUUGAUAUAUAUUAUUCCUUUUUUAUAUGUGUCCAUAUUGUCCACGAGUUUCUAGUAGAUAGGAUAUUUUCUGUUUAAUUAUAUGAUCUAAUUAAUGAAAAAAGCAUCUAAAUCAACAAUGCCAUUAUUUUCAUUUAACUCUGCAACUCUUCCAACUAUUGACUUUUUCACAACUGCCACCAAUUUGAUGCCAAAACAUUGACAACAAACACAUAUUGACAUAGUAAAAAUAAAAACAAGUCUAUUUCAUGCUGAAACCCUAAUAUUAAACAUCAGUGGUAUUCGCUAAGUUGAUGGUUUAUAUUUAGGAUAAUGUUUUACAGCUUUGUCAUUGUAUUUUCUAUUUGACCUGUGAUAAGGCCACACGCAGGGCCAGAGGUAAUUACACACUCCGGUGAUAAUAUGAAGUACCCAACAGGGCCACUAGAUGUUUUUUGAUAGAUUACAGAAAAUUCUUGAAUGAUACCAAAAUUCUGGUAGUUUACUGGUAAACUUUGAAAGUUUCCAGUAAUAUACCCUCCCUUUGCAACCCUAAUUGAGACCCAUGUCGUGUUCCUCUGCAUUUGACCACAUUCAAACUGAUACCUGUCACCAAAGAGAACGUGAGUGAGGUGGUCACUCAACAGGAAUCAUACAUCAUUCCGUACAUAAAUGAUCUAUUUCGUUUUAAAACAGAAAAUAUAAUAGACAAUAUGUUAUCAAGUGUGAAAUUACUCAAUUUGGCUAUUUUAUGGUAUUGUUAUUUCUAUUAUUGUUGUAAUUGUAAUUAUUUUAUUGUAAAAAGACGUGCUGCUCUUGUAAUGUUGACUGUACACCAAAGUGAAAUAAAAAUACAGCAUUGUCAUUUUAA